AUGAGGUCACAAUACUACCUCACACGUUUGAGUGCUAAUAAACAUCAAUUGCCAUCACUUCAAAAUGAACAAUCUCAUUGUGAAUACGGCGGACCUACAAGUCAUUUGGGUGGCGUACUACACUUGCUUUAUAUGGGGGCCAUUUUCCGGGUUUCUACAACGUCCAACCAUGCUUUGACUAUUCCAGCUGUUAUUGUUGGUAUUGUCCAAUCACAGUUGAAUGCUGUGGGUGUUGAGUGA